AUGAAUUUUAUUUAUGCCGAAGACGAACAAGAUAAACAAAUUUCCUUCAUUCCGACCAUUGUCUAUGCGCCUCCCGGAUCUUUAGUCGCAAAUGGUGCUGCACACCAAGUACAUCCUUGAUUUUGUGUCAGAUAACCAACAUUUUAGGUAGAUUAUAGCAUCUAUUCUAAUACGGUAGCUCCAGUGAAUUCGAAGGUCGCAUGCCCCUCUUCAAUAGUGACGUCUGUUUACCCAGAUUUUCUCAAAGAUGCUAACACUGCCCAUAUUAAACCCGAGUCACCUUUGAAAUUUUCAAGCAAAAUCACUGCACCCGCCUCUGUUCUUUCGCAAUCCCCGCCAGUUUUACAGAGUUAUAUUCCGGAGAAUUCUCAGAUGGCGUCUCAAAUGCCUCUGGCCAUAUCAUCUUCCAGCGCCAGCAAUGCUGAUUACCGAACUAUGGAUAAUAUAUCGAUUCCAAAAACUGAGUACUGCUUUAAUGAAAUCCCCGUGUCCUCCAACAUCCCGGUAACUGUGUCAUCAGCGUCCAAUUCCUCGGAGUCUGCGUUGCGCCACCAGUGCCUUAGCGACCAAUCCCUUCGGAGUUCGAUACCUACAGUGAGCCCAGCUCCGAUUGAACAGCAGUCUUUACAGGCGCAGUCAGCAAACGGACUUUCUUUGCCAAGUACACCCUCCGCUCCACGUACCAGUACCAUAAGCGAAGCUCUGUUUGUGAGGAUUAUUGUUUCCAGAUGCAAGCGGAUCGCCCCUCUCUGGUUUCGUGGUAUUUCAUCGAUGCGAGAACGCAACAGGGAGGAAAGUCGCCGCACUUCAAAUAACGCCGGCCACACACAAAGUGACUGGAGCACGAUUGCAGAGAAGAUUAGGGUGCGUUUUUCGUUUUUCUCUUAUGCACAUCUUUCUUUGAGUUGUCUACCAUGCUAGAUCUGGUUUCUAAACGUUGUAGCUACAGACUUUCCUCGGAACCGCCGACAAUACGCUCGUGAAUUCGGAAUCCAUGCAUUUAGAAAUUAAACGCACGUGA